AUGACGAAGAAUCCGGUCAACCACGGCCGCGCCAAGCAUAUUGAUAUCAAGUACCAUCACAUCCGUGAUGAGGUUAAGCGCGGUGAAGUGAAGCUCAAGUACUGUGAAACUGCGGUGAUGUUAGCGGACAUCAUGACGAAGGGACUUCAUGGACCACGCCACAAGGAGAUGACGACGGCUCUCGGGAUUCGUGAGCAUUCGGAUUGA